AUGGCUCAGCUGUACUACAAAAGAAGUGACAAUGCACCGUACAGAGACCGAAUUUCUCUUCGAAUUGUAAGAGCAGAAUCUGAACUCUCUCCUGCAGAGAAGGCUUACCUGAGCGCUGUUGAGAAAGGUGAUUACGCAAGUGUCAAACAAGCUCUUGAAGAAGCUGAGAUUUAUUUUAAAAUCAACAUUAAUUGUAUUGACCCUCUGGGGCGGACUGCACUUCUCAUAGGCAUUGAGAAUGAGAACUUGGAAAUCAUUGAACUUCUCCUGAGUUUCAAUGUGUACGUAGGAGAUGCGCUUCUCCAUGCCAUCCGGAAAGAAGUUGUUGGAGCUGUUGAACUACUAUUAAAUCAUAAGAAGCCUAGUGGGGAAAAACAAGUUCCACCAAUACUACUGGAUAAACAGUUUUCAGAAUUUACACCAGAUAUUACGCCAAUAAUUCUUGCAGCUCACACCAACAAUUAUGAAAUAAUAAAGCUCCUUGUGCAGAGGGGAGUUUCUAUACCACAGCCUCAUGAAGUUCGUUGUAACUGUGUUGAGUGCGUUUCCAGCUCAGAUGUUGACAGUCUGCGCCAUUCUCGAUCAAGGUUGAACAUAUACAAAGCCUUAGCAAGCCCAUCUUUAAUUGCUUUGUCCAGUGAAGACCCCUUUCUUACUGCAUUUCAUUUGGGCUGGGAGCUUCAGGAACUAAGUAAAGUGGAAAAUGAAUUUAAAUCGGAAUAUGAGGAAUUAUCACAUCAGUGUGAAUCAUUUGCGAAAGAUUUAUUGGACCAGACAAGGAGCUCCCGGGAAUUAGAAAUUAUACUUAAUUAUAGGGAUGAUAAUAGCAUUCUGGAAGAGCAGAUCGCUAAUGAUCUUUCUAGGUUAAAGUUGGCAAUUAAGUAUCAUCAGAAAGAGUUUGUUGCCCAGCCAAAUUGUCAGCAGCUCCUUGCUUCCCGCUGGUACGACGAGUUUCCUGGCUGGAGACGACGACACUGGAUCGUUAAAUUCUUGACCUGCAUCAGCAUCGGACUGCUAUUUCCAGUCUUUUCCGUGUGCUACUUGAUAGCACCAAAAAGCACAUUUGGCCUUUUUAUUAGAAAACCAUUUAUUAAGUUUAUCUGUCAUACUGCAUCAUACUUGACUUUCCUUUUCCUGCUGUUGUUGGCAUCUCAACAUAUUGAUCGAACAGAUUUAAACAUGCAAGGUCCUCCACCAACCAUUGUUGAAUGGAUGAUACUUCCCUGGGUGCUAGGUUUCAUUUGGGGUGAAGUAAAGCAAAUGUGGGAUGGUGGACUUCAGGACUACAUACACGACUGGUGGAACCUUAUGGAUUUUGUAAUGAAUUCUUUAUACCUAGCAACAAUUUCUCUUAAAAUUGUUGCUUUUACUAAGUACAGUGGUUCACGCCAACGGGAGGACUGGGAAAUGUGGCACCCCACCUUAGUUGCUGAGGCACUAUUUGCUAUUGCAAACAUCUUCAGUUCCCUUCGCCUAAUCUCACUAUUCACGGCUAACUCUCAUCUGGGACCCCUGCAAAUAUCUCUUGGACGUAUGCUCUUGGAUAUUCUAAAGUUCUUAUUCAUAUACUGUCUGGUGCUACUAGCUUUUGCAAAUGGUUUGAAUCAGUUGUACUUUUACUAUGAGACAAAUGCAUCAGAGGAACCAAAUAACUGCAAAGGAAUAAGGUGUGAAAAACAGAACAAUGCCUUUUCAACGUUAUUUGAAACUCUCCAGUCACUGUUCUGGUCAAUAUUUGGUCUCAUUAACCUAUAUGUGACAAAUGUGAAGGCUCGUCAUGAAUUCACAGAGUUUGUAGGUGCCACCAUGUUUGGAACAUACAAUGUUAUCUCUCUUGUGGUUUUGCUCAACAUGCUGAUAGCUAUGAUGAACAAUUCUUACCAGCUUAUUGCGGACCAUGCAGAUAUUGAGUGGAAAUUUGCAAGGACAAAGCUUUGGAUGAGCUAUUUUGAAGAAGGUGGAACUCUCCCAACUCCUUUUAACAUUAUUCCAAGUCCAAAGUCUGUCUGGUAUUUAAUAACAUGGACUCGAAGACACUUAUGCCUCAAAAUUUUCUGCAUGCAAAAACGAAAGAAACCUGAAAGUCUUGGCUCUCUCGGGAGGCGUGCAGCUAACAAUCUGAGACGAAACCACCAGUACCAGGAAGUUAUAAGAAAUUUGGUGAAAAGAUAUGUUGCUGCAAUGAUCAGAGAUGCAAAAACUGAAGAAGGGCUGACUGAAGAGAAUUUCAAAGAACUGAAACAGGAUAUUUCCAGCUUCCGCUAUGAGGUUUUGGGUCUUCUGAAAGGAAACAAGCUUCCUGGUACACAGGCCUUUAGCACAGCAUCAAAGGUGUCAGAUUCCAAUGAAAUUUUGAAAAGUGAAGAUUGGGCAACUGACCACAAGAACAAGCUAAGCUUUUAUGAUUUAACAUCUUUGGUUUGUCCAAAGCCAGUGUCUAAAAUAUCAGACACUCCAGCAGCAUGUAAUACCUUAAGCAAUGGGUCCACCCCAAAAGCAAUUGAUAUAUCCAAGGAAAGGCAAAACAAUAAAAGUAUUGUUAAAGACUCUAUCAAAAAUUUAGGAUUCUUUCGAAAAAGAACAAAACCAUGCAAUGCAGAGCAGAAAAGCAAUAGGAUUUACACAGUUUCUGAGGAAAUUACUCAAGAGGAAUGCCUACUGAAAAACAAAGAAAGGUCUGACUAUGAGGGCAUGAGAGGCUUGGAUCAAAUGGUAGUCAACAAGACUGAUUCCGACAUAAAAGACCUAAAUAUGAGUAACACAUGGAAGCCAGAAACAGAAGAAAAGAUACAUGCACUUUCACACAGACAGUCUCCUGAUGGCAACACCAGUGCUCACUCAUUAGAAGCAACAGAGGAUACUCUGGCAAAGGAUUCAGGGAAUGAAGACAGUGUGAAUCAAUGGACUGUGACACAGGGUGAUUAUGUGACAACGAGAUUAUAA